AGUUCUCACGUCUCGGCCAAGACCCCGCGCCCAUCGAGUUUGGGCACCAGUUGGCCAAGAUUCUCCCUCCACACACCGAUUUCUAGAAGCCCUGGAGCAGACGGUGGGCGGCACAGUAAUGCAGGCCACGGAUGGAAGGGGAAAGUGUCCCGGCUGGGGUUCGAAGGGCAGAUAUUAAACUUUUUAAUAGAAUUGAUUGGACUACUUGAACCAUCCGAAUAUUGGGAAGAACUCCAGAUUUUUCAUUUUUAAAGAAACUCUAAAUGUAUGAGAAAUUUACAGAAUGGAGGACGAAAAGGAAAAUCUCUUUUUUGAGCCACAUAAAAGGGGACUGAUGAAAACACCUCUGAAAGCAUCCACGGCAGUGAAUUUACCGUUGCCGGAGAGCCAGCCGGACUUCGGCCCUUUAACCACGCCCACCAAGCCCAAGGAAAUCGCCCAUGGAGAACCCUGGACGCCAACAGCCAACCUGAAAAUGCUCAUCAGUGCCGCGAGCCCUGAGAUCCGCAGCAGAGACGAGAAAAGGGGGUUGUUUGACAACAGAAAUGAAUUACCUGAGGCCAAAGAUUCUUUACACGAACACUUAUCUGGAGACGAAUAUGAGAAAUCCCAACCGAGUCGAAAGGAGAAAAGUUUAGGAUUGUUGUGUGUUAAGUUCUUAGAGCGCUAUCCGGAGUAUCCCAACCUUGCUCUGAAUAAUGACAUUUGUCUCGACGAAGUGGCCGGGGACCUUAAGGUGGAGCGUCGACGCAUUUACGACAUCGUGAACGUCCUAGAGAGUUUACACAUGGUGAGCCGCCUCGCCAAAAACAGGUACACUUGGCACGGGCGACAUAAUCUCAACCAAACCCUGCAGGCUUUGAAGAGCACCGCGGAGAAGAACAGGUACGCCAAGCAGAUUAUGAUGAUCAAAAAGAAAGAAUACGAACAAGAGUUUGACUUUACUAAGGGUUGCAGUAUAGAGGAUCAUAUCGUCAAAGACGACACCGACCAAAAUGGACAACCAGACGUGUGUUUUGUCGAACUCCCCGGAAUGGAAUUUCGGGCAGCUUCUGUAAACAGCCGCAAAGAGAAGUCUUUAAGAGUGAUGAGCCAGAAAUUCGUGAUGCUGUUUUUGGUGUCAACGCCUCAGAUAGUAAGCCUAGAAAUUGCUGCCAAGAUUUUAAAUGGGGAGGACCACGUGGAAGAUUUGAAUAAAAGCAAGUUUAAAACGAAAAUUAGGAGGUUGUAUGAUAUAGCUAAUGUUCUGAGAAGCCUGGACCUUAUUAAGAAAGUUCACGUGACGGAGGAAAGAGGCCGAAAACCAGCUUUUAAGUGGAUAGGCCCAGAAAUCAGCCCCAAUCCCAGUGAUCUGGAGGUGGAGAAGUCCAUGAUCAAGGUGCCAGCAGAUUCCGUGUCUGGCUGCAGCCCAGUCAUUACUUUCACCUCCUCUGAUCUGGAAGUGAGGCGGUCCUCAAAAGAGAACUGUGCCAAAAACCUCUUUUCCACCUGUGGGAAACCAAACUUUACUCGACACCAAUCUCUUAUCAAACUGGUAAAGAGCAUAGAAAGUGAUCGGAGAAAGAUAAACUCUGCUCCCAGCAGCCCUGUCAAGACCAACAAAGCUGAGAGUUCUCAGAAUUCUGCACCCUUCCAAAGUAAAAUGGCUGACCCCACAGCUAUUUGCAAAAUGCAGUUAGAAGAGCAAUCAAGUGAACCUAGAAACAAAGUGAAAGUACAACUGGCAAGAUCUGGGCCUUGCAAACCAGUGGCCCCUCUGGACACCCCAGUGAAUGCUGAGCUGGAACUGAUGGCAUCAUCCCUCACCCAGUCCCUGGGGGUGGUCCCCCUGCUCCCCAGCCCACUGUCAUCGGCGGUGCCCGUGAUCCUACCUCAGGCCCCUUCGGGCCCACCCUAUGCCAUCUACUUGCAGCCUGCCCAUGCCCAAAGCAUGACGCCACCCCAGGGUCUAAGCCCGACAGUCUGCUCCACUCCCUCCUCUAAAGCUACAAGAUCAAAAGACCCUGCAGAUGCCACCACCGAGAAGGCAGCCAAGGAUACCGCAAAGCCCAGUGCCUCCACCAGACCUGGAAGCUUGCUGCCAGUGCCAGAGAGACAAGGUACAAAGAACCGAGACAGGGAGCCUGCUAGAGAAAGAGGCUCCAAGAGGGCAAGCGUGUUCGAGGACAGUGCUUCCAAAAAGAAAUUUAAAGAAGACCUAAAAGGACUUGAAAACGUCUCUGCGACCUUGUUCCCAUCAGGAUACCUAAUCCCUCUCGCCCAGUGCCCAUCCCUCGGGGCAGAGUCCAUUUUGUCUAGUACGGAAAACUCAGGUACAGUUUCCCCAAACCACAGGAUCUACAGCUCCCCAAUCGCAGGUGUUAUUCCAGUGACAUCAUCCGAACUCACUGGUGUUAAUUUUCCCUCUUUCCCUGUGACGUCUUUCAAGCUAAUGGUCUCGCCAACUCCCGUGGCAGCUGUCCCUGUCGGGAGCAGCACGGCUCUCACUUCGAGCCACGCCAUUCCCGUCCAGAACCCAAGCUCAGCCAUUGUCAACUUAACCCUGCAGCACUUGGGACUCAUCCCCCCCGGUGUGCAGGUGUCCGCCAGCCCCGGGCCUGGGACCGUUCCCGUGUCUCCAAGAAUAGAGGCUGUUAGUGUCGCCCCAGACAGCACGGGCACUCAGCAAGGACGGGCCACCCGGUACGACUCGCCAGUGCCAGGCCACAACCAACCGAAUGGACAAUCAGUUGCUGUGACAGGGGCACAACAGCCUGUUCCUGUGACACCCAAAGGGUCACAAUUAGUGGUGGAAAGUUUCUUCCGAACCCCAGGUGGACCAACAAAGCCAACAGGCUCAGCCUGCACGGAUUCCGAUGGUGCUAGUAAAACCUCUGUUGGAACACUCUUUGUCCCUCAGCGAAAACUGGAAGUCUCAACGGAGGAUGCCCAUUAAUGGACAGACUGGGCUUCGUUCACUUUUCUAAAACGUUGUUUAAUGGAGAAGAUGUACUCAGACAGAUUUGGAGAACACGUUCUCUGAAAAUACUGUAGAUACGUUGGGAGUUUACUUAAUUUCAAACCAAACACUUAUUUUCGUACUUAUAUAUAUAUACACGCAUAUAUAUAUAUAUAUUUGUAUUAAGCUAAGUUCAGCCAUCAGUCCUGCAAAAUGAAAGUAAAAUGUUGGACUAAGGUGUAGUAACUUCUGGGAGGAAAGGGUUCAUUAUUUCAACUGUGCCUAUGCUAUUAUGCAAAGUAACUGUGUUAAAGUUUACAUCUCCUUGAGUGAAUAUGUGACAUGCCUAACGCAGCAUUGUCUUAAACUUUGCACAAAGAAGAUGCUGUGACAUACAAUGUUAUAUUUUUAAGUGAGAAGGCAAUAGCUAUAUUUUUUGUAAUUUCUUUAAUCUGUUGUUGUUACAAUAUGUCUUUUUGUAAAGUUAGCAGCGAUCCUCAAUCAGGUCUAUGGAAAAAUUAUUUAUAAAAUGUAUUUUUAAUCAUAAGUUGUUCAAAUUAAAACUUUUCUAAAAUGUA